AACCUAGAAGACGUGAUUCACACGUGUUGUGGGACAAUCUGAGAUCCUGGGAGUUGUCAGUUUUUCUUUUGUUGAUUAAUUAUACAAUUAUGGGGAGGAGCAAAAAAGGCCGAUGUGUGAAAAAAAAUAAACAAGUGGAUUCAGCGGAACCAGAGACAAUAGUCCGAGCCCCUCACUCAUUCGUCAUCCACAGAGGACUACCUGGUGAGCACAUAAUCGAGCUGACAAAGGACUUCAGAAAAAUAAUGGAGCCAUUUACAGCAUCAGCAUUAAAAGAGCGAAAGAAGAAUUCGAUAAAGGACUUUGUCUCCGUAGCAGGGGUCCUCCACGUAAGCCACAUGUGCAUCUUCAGUCGAACAGACGUGGGAAUGUACCUGAAACUCGGAAGACUGCCCCGAGGUCCCACCCUCACCUUCAAAAUCCACAAUUUCACCCUCUCCAGAGACGUGAUAUCUUCGAGCAAAAAGCAGAUGGUCUUCGACGAGAUCUUCAAGCACUCGCCCCUGGUUGUCCUGAAUAAUUUCAGUGGCGAGGGAAUGCACAUGAAACUCAUGGCCUCGACCUUCCAGAACAUGUUCCCAACGAUAAACCUGAGGACAGUGAACCUCAAUACAAUCCGCAGGUGCGUCUGCCUGAACUACAACGCAGAAACAAAAUCAAUAGACCUCCGUCACUACGCCAUCAAGGUAGUGCCACUAGGUCUGUCCAAAGGUGUGAAAAAGCUUGUCCAGGCGAAGAUUCCGAAUUUAUCCAGCUGUCAAAAUUACGAGGACUUCCUGACGAAGACACCAGUAUCAGACAGCGAGGCCGAGGACGAUCCCUCAAACUCAGUAGUACUACCCCACAAAUUGUCCUCACGUGGAAAUCUCCAGGACAACAACAGCGCGAUCAAGCUGUACGAAUUGGGUCCCAGGUUAUCCCUUCAGCUCAUGAAGAUCGAGGAGGGACUGCUCGAUGGGGUUGUCCUAUUCCACGAGGUCGUCCACAAAACUGAGGAGGAGAAACUGAAGAUCGAGAAGAUUCGCGAACAGAAGAGGAGGAUCAAAGAGGCCAGGAAGAAACUACAGAGGGAGAACAAACAGGCCAAGGAGAAGGCAAGGGAGGAGCACAGGGCAAAGUCCAAGAGGAGAAGCGAUGUGGAGAGGGUGGACCUGGAUAAGGAGAGAGCUCAGGAAGCUGAAGAUGAUGCUCAGUACUACAGGGAGGAGGUUGGCGAGGAACCUGAUAAGGACUUGUUUCAGGUUCAAUCUGGAAAGAGGAAGAGCUUCGGGGGACGAGAGAAAUUUAAGAAGAAGUUCAAGACUAAAUAGAUUUAAUUAUGUAUUUUUUAUUGAGAUGUAAUAAAACAAAUUGAAAUUAAUUGGAA